CAAAGCAAUUCCCACUAUGUUUUCUACCUUUCCUCCUUUCAUGGAGAAACUAUAGCACCAAUUAAAUACAUUUAAAAUCUUUAAACUUUUAGAUCAAUCUUUUUUUAUUCUUCAUCAAAUUCUUAAAAUUUUAGAUCAAAUCUUUUUUUUUUAUUCUUCAUCUUCUAUACCCUCAAAAAAUAAUAAUUAAUGGCUUUGUUUACAAAUUCUUUAAUAUCAUGCUCUCUAAUUCCGUACUCUUACGUUAAUUCUCAACACUCAUCAUCCUUGCCAGCUCAUCAUCUUCUUCGUUCUUCAACUUCUUUAUCAAAACGAUGUCGUUUGUGCUUCUCCCAACGGUCGUCUCUACCUCGUCAUGUAUCUGUAACUAACAACGGAACGGCGAGAACUGAGACGUAUACUGUCGGUGAUUUCAUGACGAGGAAAAAAGAUUUACAUGUGGUGAAAACUACUACAACUGUUGAUGAAGCUUUAGAGGCUAUGGUGGAGAAGAAAUUAUCUGGUUUUCCUGUAGUUGAUGAAGAUUGGACAUUGGUUGGUGUUGUUUCAGAUUAUGAUCUGUUAGCGCUCAACUCCAUCUCAGGUGGAAAACAAAGUGGCAACAACUUAUUUCCGAAUGCUGAUAGUUCUUGGAAAACAUUCAAUGAGAUGCAGAAAUUAUUAACCAAAAACAAUGGCAAAAUUGUGGGUGAUUUGAUGACAUCUACUCCGCUUGUUAUUAGUGAAACCACCAACCUAGAGGAUGCUGCCAGGUUGUUGCUUGACACAAAAUAUCAUAGACUCCCUGUGGUAGAUGCUGAAGGCAAGCUGGUUGGAAUGAUUGCGCGAGAAAACGUUGUUCGAGCCGCCUUACAGAUAAAACGCGCCGGUGAAAAUUAAAAGGUGAAGAUGGAGGUUUCUGCAGUUCAAGCUUAAGGAGAAGUGAAGUGAUUAGUCAAAUAUUCUGGUUUAAGAUUCGGUUGUGUGUCAUUCUUUCUACUAUUGUUUACUUAAAUUUUAGUUCUAUAGAUAUAUAGGUUUGUUACAUUUAGGUUUGUUACAUUUGGACAAGAUUAUGUAGGAUCAGAUUUCUUGGCAGUAGUUUAGUGCCAAGUUUUUGUAUAGAUAUUUAUAUGAAUAUAUUGAACUGUCAAUUCUUCUUUGACCAAACGUUAA